CUUAAAAAUAGAAUUUGAGGGAAAAAAAUGGUUCCUUGUUCCUAGGAGAACAGGAACAGAGUUGGGUGUUUCUUGUUUCAUCUCAUAUUGAAACCACCGGAGAGAGAGAUAAUGGCGGAGGGGCAAUCCCCGGAGAACUCACCGCCGGCUCCUCCUCCUCCUUCUCCUCCGUCACCUCCCUCUUCCAACGAUCAACAAACAACAUCUCCUCCUCCUUCCGACAAUCAAGAAACAACAUCUCCUCCUCCUCCAUCUUCCCCUGACCUAGCUCCUCCACCUCAACAACAACAAGAAUCACCACCUCCUCCUUCGCCGGAUAAUUCCUCCGAUGGUUCUUCCUUGUCCCCUCCACCACCACUGUCUGACUCAUCCUCCUCCUCACAAUCACAAUCUCCACCUCCUCCUUCACCCUCCCCGCCUCAGCAUAGUGACAACAAAGGUAACAACAACGAAAACAACAAAGGAAAUGAUGGAAGCAACGGCGAUGGAGGAAACAAGAACACUUCUCAUACUCCUCCACCACCGUCUAAGACUUCCGAUCAUAGCUCCUCAUCGCUACCAAAAUCGCUGGCGCCGCCUACAAGCAACAAUGGCUCGAAUUCGUCAAGUAACGAUGGUCUAAACAUUGGUGCUGUUAUAGGACUUGUGGCUGCAGCUGGACUUUUGUUCAUCGUCAUGAUCUUGUUAUGUGUCUGUUGUUUUCGAAAGAAGAAGAAGAAAUCAAAGCUUGAUCAGAUGCCGUACUACGGAAGCAAUGCUUACGCCGCAGGCAAAACUGGGGGUGAUCAAUACUACAACCAAAAUGCUGCUACACAACAACAACAACAACAACAACAACACUACAACCAAAAUGAUCACAUUGUGAAUCUGCCUCCACCUCCUGGAUCAAUGGGAACAAACUGGGUAAAUUCACCGCCUCAACAACCACCUCCAGGAAAUUGGCAGCCAAUGCCGUCGCCACCAGCACCAGUGUCUGGAGGCGCAAAUGUGAUCCAUAGCGGCGAAAUGAGCUCAAAUUUCUCAUCAGGUCCAUACGCUCCAUCUCUACCACCACCUCACCCUUCAGUUGCUUUGGGAUUUAACAACAGCACGUUCACUUAUGAGGAGCUCGCAGCCGCAACUCAAGGACAGAGGCUGUUGGUCUAUGAGUUUCUCCCUAAUGACACACUUGAGUUCCACCUUCAUGGGAAAAGUGGGACUGUGAUGGAUUGGCCAACGAGACUCAAGAUUGCCUUAGGAUCAGCAAAAGGUCUUGCUUAUCUACAUGAAGAUUGUCAUCCAAAAAUCAUCCAUAGAGACAUUAAAGCUUCAAACAUUCUCCUUGACCAUAACUUCGAAGCCAAGGUUGCAGAUUUUGGUUUGGCCAAGCUCUCUCAAGACAACUAUACACAUGUAUCGACUCGUGUUAUGGGAACAUUCGGAUACUUAGCUCCUGAAUAUGCAUCAAGUGGGAAACUAACAGAGAAAUCAGAUGUUUUCUCUUUUGGUGUUAUGCUUCUUGAGCUCAUAACCGGACGUAGACCGGUUGAUCUUAGUGGUGACAUGGAAGACAGUUUAGUCGAUUGGGCAAGACCAUUAUGCAUGAGCGCAGCUCAAGAGGGAGAAUAUGGGGAAUUGGUGGACCCAUUCCUUGAGAACCAAUACGAGCCUUAUGAGAUGGCACGCAUGGUGGCUUGUGCUGCUGCAGCCGUAAGACAUUCUGGUCGUCGCCGCCCAAAGAUGAGUCAGAUUGUUAGGACGUUGGAGGGUGAUGCCUCACUGGAUGACUUAGACGAUGGUGUAAAACCGAGACAGAGUUCAAGCGGAGGUGAAGGAAGCUCAGACUAUGAGAUGGGCACAUAUGGUGCCGAGAUGAGGAAGUUUCGGAAAGUGACAUUGGACAGUCGGGAUUACGGGGCAAGUAGCGAAUACGGUGCUACAAGCGAGUAUGGGCUUGACCCGUCCUCUUCCAGCAGCGAGGAGAUGCACAUUGGAGGAGGCACCCGCAAAACUACUACUACUAACCGUGGGAUUUAAAUUACAUAAACCAAUUUAUUAAACCGGUUAGAUUAUAUUUUUCUUGAAAAUGUGAAUGUUGAUGUAAUUGUUUAUUAAAAAAUUAAAGAGAAAAUAUUAUUUAUGUAUCCUAUGCUAAAUUGUGUCUCAACAGUCUACGCUUAAGAUAUAAAAUGUUGAAAAUUAU